AUGUUUUUAGGUCUUUGCAGAGCAUUGAAAAGCGCGAAGGCGAGAUUGAAAUCGAGGCCAUUUGGAAAUUUCGCUGAAGUUCCAUGUAUGGCUAUAUCUGCCAACCAGACUUCGCUCGAAUUGUCCAAUGGAUCACCGUAUUGGACACCACGUGAGAGCUCUAACUUUCAAGAGGAAAGGCAUGAUGGAAAGUCAAAAACAUUAGAAAAUGUCGAAGAUAAAGUUGAUAAGACCAAGACGCAAGCCAUAUUUGAUUGUUUAAUUAAAUCUAUUGGAAGUUCUCACUUCAAUGAAGAAGGUUACCCAGUAAUUGGUGAUGUAGUUGUGAAACAACUAUCGGAUUUCGUGGAUAAGAAAGAUAACGAACAUUCACAAGUCAAAAUUGGAACAGAUCAAUUCAUGCAUCAAAGUCAAGAGCAGGUGAAAUCGCAAGUGAAGGUCGAAUUCAAUCCAAUUGAAAGUUACCAGCAAGCUCAAAAGAAAGAGAGCUCCAUCACACCAACGUUAACAAAGUGCCACACUAUCAAAGAGCAGAUGGCUAAAAACACAAAAAAAGUGCAACGCAUAGCCUCUGAUACUGUGUACGAGUACUACUACGAUAAGGAUGCUUGCCUUGGUUCUGGAGGAUUCGGCUCCGUUUAUAAGGGUUACGCAAUCAGUGGAUCCAAACAAAUCCCUGAUCCUCAACUGGGACGAAUUCCUAGUGAAGUCUACUUCCUGAAGCAAAUGCAGUUUCACAAGAAUGUCAUUAAAUUUUACCACUACCAAAAAGUGUCGUCUGAACAGUUUGUUAUCAUCAUGGAAAGAUCCUUGAACAGUUCAGAUCUUUUAAAACUACGAGCGGAAAAUGGGGGGAAACUAAGCGAAGAUGAAAGUAAAUCGAUCAUUACAAAGCUCGUUCGUGUCAUGAAAGCGAUGGAAAAGAAAAACAUCAUGCAUCGAGAUUUGAAAAUGGAAAACAUUAUCUAUGAUAAAGUUACGAACGAUAUAAAAAUUAUAGACUUUGGUUUGGCGUGUUUUUCUCCACCUGGGAAAAUUUUCUUCAACUUUUCAGGUACUUUGAAAAAUAUCCCACCAGAGUUCUACAACGAAGGCGAAUACCAAUUGCGUAAAGAGGCGGUGCGAUCUGUUGGAGUGAUAGCUUAUGAAUUGAUAUGCGGUAAACCAGUGUAUAAUGAAAAUUUGCAUAGACAUGAAUGCACCGCAGGAUUACCUGAUUUUGACCAGGUUUCUGAUGACCUAAGAGAUCUUCUCCAGAAAUUGUUUGCAAUGGAAUCAGAAAAUCGUCCAGACAUAAGAAUGAUCAUCAAACAUAGGUGGUUCCGUACAUCAAGCAAGUUCCAAAGAUUUUUGCGUCGUGGCUUAAAAUUGUUGAGAGGAAUAUCACCGUGCGGAACAUCCAAACUUUAA